UUCAUUCAACUCCUCCUUCACUCCGAGUUGACGCAAGCCGUUGUCAGCUGUGAAGUUGCCACGCUGAUUAAUUACCUCGGGAAAUUCAAAUUUAAUUUUCAUCAGCAGAUUAAAGCGGAUGAGUUGGAGCAUUUUCGUGUCCCACUGGAGAUGAAUUCUUUGGGCAGAUAAAUAUUGAGUUAUGAGUGAGGGCUUUAGGGGUAAGAAGUUAACGGUUAGGUACCGUGACAGUUUGAGUCAUGAGAAAAGGGAGAGCGAAAGGGGAAACAAGAGCAGGGAGAUUGUGCAAAGUAAAAGGAGGAAAAUUACUCACCGGGGAGGCGGAUUUUAUGGAGAUGGAGAGAGUGUUCUGGCUCCCCCGACAUCAAUAUUGGAUGAUCCUAGGAAGGAAAGAAGGCGAAAGCUUUCGCCCAUGAAAUUACGUCGAGAAAAGGAGGAGGCGUUCAAGAUGAACUGCUACACAACCCUCCGAAAAAAACGAGAGCAAUUUCGUCGGAAUCUGGUGAAAAUGAUUCUCGAGCAAGAGUUGGAAGAAGACCCGGGAUCGGAUAUCAAUGAGUACAAAAUAACUCAUGCUGAGGGCACUGAGGAUCUCCUAAAAUACUAUUAUUACAUUAUGCUGGGGAUUGAUGACGUUCAUGUAGCACCCAUAGAUUCGGAUUUGCUCGAUAAAAUUCUUAAUUUGGUACCAGCAAAAUGGAAGUCCCGGUUCAAAGAUACCCUGUCUACUGUUAUUGAAAAUGCGAGGGAGGAUUAUGCCAUGAGCUUGAAGAAAUCUAUUGUCGAUUUUGUACUGCAGGAUCCGUUGGAAGAUGGAAUAAAAUAUCAUGACGAACAGGAUAUGACACAAGAGAAGUACGAAAUCAAGAAUUUCCCUCCAGCAUUCUCAGUUAGAUACAAAAAAUCGAGGUUAAAACUGCAGAAAAAUUUGUACCUCUACCAUCCAUGCAUGAGAAAGGCUCUAGAACUCUGGCAUCAGGAUUUUCGGACCCUGAGAUUGAUCGAUAAAAAGGAAUUGCUAGCCUCGGUGGAGCCCUACGACCUCUCGACUUUUGAGUCUAUAUUCAAUUCGAUGGUAAAAAGGACAAUAAAUACAUUGUGUAGAGUUUGGCUGCCGAAGUUGAGGAACAUCGUUACCGUGGCAAGAAGAAGAGGGCAAUUACCAAGUGAUAGCGAUGAAGCUAGAAUCACCAAGUUCUUUAAUUGUCUCGCCAUUGUCAUGGAGAGUCAGCUGUGCAGUCUAUGCCUUAAUUCGAUGGAGGAUUACCUGGAGUUUCUUGAGAAAGUACACAUGAAAUGCAGUUUUAACGUGAACGUGGUGGUCAGGAGUAAAACCGUUGGAUUUGAUCCGUCGUUCAAAGCAUUCGCGGAUACAUUUCUCUCAUUGCUGGCAUCUCUCUAUCAAGCUGUUUGCGGAUAUCCACGUAUAGAGCGGAAGCUGUAUGACAAAUCUACUCUCGCCAGAGGAAUUCUCAAGCCAAUGAUCCUCGACGACAUCUUGAACAAGUACAAAAACCAAAUAACGGAAUUGAUUCAAGAACACAGAAUAGGUCCCGAAUUGCAGAUUCAGAAUUUCGACAAAUACGUGACAUUAAUCAAUGAGAGUGACGAGGACUUGGUGAAAAAGUUUCUGGCAGUAGAUCCGCCACGUCCCUUCGACGAAUACGCCCAGCUCAUUGAAAAAUACGACAAACUCUCGAAAAACAUUCCCGUUGAGUUCGAUCGCACAUUUUUCAGUGGAAUUUUCGAUGUCCAUCGGGAGGAUUUCAUGGAGUACAUGGCGAAAAUUGCGAAUUUACUCAAGACCAACUUGGUCGCCCGGAUGAUUGAGGAUUAUCAAUGUAAAUCGAGAAUUAUUGGUGAGGAUUACGAGAAUAUAGCGGAGAGAGCUCUCGGCGUUCCUGCUAACACAAAAGAACUAAUGGCGCUGAAAGAAUUUGUCGCGAAAGCUCAAACCGAGAUGCUUCUCGACUUGGAAAAUCGAUUGAGGGGAGUGAUAAAAUACGUUCAAUUUCUGUCGGAUUAUACACUGCUGACUCCCGUUGAAUUGAAGACCAAUAACUUCGCAUUCGGGUGGUAUCACCGUAUGUCCUCCAUAUUCGAAGACCACUUGAAGAUAAUCGAAUCGAAAAAAAGUGAGUACCAAGAGGCUCUCCUGACUCGUAUCGAAAAGUUUCACAAUGACUUAAAAAUCUGGGAGAAAUACUGCGAUGAGAUGCAGUACUGGGGGAACGUGGGUGAGAUAUUCCGUUACAAGAAAAAGGCAACGAAUCUGGAGAACCGUCUGAUAGGCGCCAUGGAUACAAUCGACUCGUUCAACGAAGAGGAACAGAUGUUUGGCUGGGAAUUAUCGCAAUAUCCCCUUCGAAAAAAAAUAUCUGACAAGUUGUCGCCCUACAAGAAGUUCUACGACGUGGCAUGUGAGUUCAUAUCGCAGCAUGAAACUUGGAUGAGUUCGAUGAUAGGUAGUCAUGAUCCGGAGGCAAUCGAAACCGAUUCUGGCGCCGCUCACAGAACAGUCCUGAAGCUGGAGAAGAUCUUCCAAGAGCCAGCUGUACGAAAGCUAGCGGAAACCGUCCGAAUCCAAAUCGAGGAAUUCCGGGAGCACAUGGCAUUGAUAGCGAAUCUGGGAAAUCCAGGAAUGAAGAGCCGACACUGGACCCAGGUUUCGGAAAUUGUGGGAUUUCCAAUCAAAGUCGACGAGAACAUGACACUGGCAAAAAUUAUAGAUUUUGGUCUUGACGAAUACGUCUCCAAAUUCGAGGGAAUAUCCGAAGCUGCGACCAAGGAGAGCAAUCUUGAGAAGGCUCUCCUCAAGAUGCAUGACGACUGGACGACAAUCGAAUUUGUCGUCAAUCCAUACAGAGACACUGGGACCUACGUGAUAGCAAGUGUCGAUGAGAUCCAGCUACUUCUGGACGACCACCUGACGAAGGCCCAGACUAUGAAAAACUCCCUCUAUAUUAAGCCAUUCGAGAAGGAGACGUUAGAGUGGGAAGCAAAAUUGUACUUACUCCAAGACAUAAUGGACUAUUGGCUGAAAGUUCAGGCAACGUGGAUGUAUUUAGAGCCUAUAUUCUCAUCCCCAGACAUCCAGCAACAAAUGCCAGAAGAGGGUCGCCGGUUCAGCGCUGUCGACAAGAUAUGGCGUGAUAUAAUGAAUUCAGUCAUGCACGACCCGAGAGUAAUGUCCGUUGUGGAGAUCGAUAAGAUGUUGGAUCGUCUGAAAAAGUGCACAGGUCUCCUUGACCUCAUCCAAAAAGGUCUCAAUGACUACUUAGAGAAAAAACGACUCUUCUUUCCGAGAUUCUUUUUCCUAUCGAACGACGAACUGCUUGAGAUUUUGUCCGAGACAAAAGAUCCAACGAGAGUUCAACCGCACUUGAAAAAGUGCUUCGAGGGCAUUGCAAAAUUAGCAUUCACGGAAGAUAUGGAGGUGACGACAAUGGAGUCCUCGGAGGGAGAAUCGAUAGUACUUGAAGACAAAAUUGAUACGGCUAGUGCGCGUGGGCAAGUGGAGAAGUGGCUUGUGGAGUUGGAAACGGAUAUGAAAAAGAGCAUUAAGGCUCAAGUAAUUCGGGCAAAAGGUGCAUACCUUGGGAAGAAACGGUCUGAGUGGGUGCUUGAGUGGCCUGGACAGACAAUCCUGUGCGUUGGUCAGCUUUACUGGACGUCUGAUGUCACUGAAGCUUUUCCUAAGGGGUUGGACGCAUUGAAGGCUUACGUCGACGUUUGCAAUGAAGAACUGAAUAAAAUAAUUGUUCUCGUACGGGGAAAGCUCUCGACUCAGAACCGAACGACGUUGGAAGCAUUGGUGACGUUGGAUGUCCACUCACGGGAUGUGACGGUUGACCUUUGGGAGAAGAACGUGACGAAGGCAACUGACUUCAAAUGGUUGUGUCAACUGAGGUACUACUGGAUGGAAGACAACAUGAUAACGAUGAUGAUAAACUCAUCUUUGAAAUACGGUUAUGAAUACCUGGGUAACAGUGGACGUUUGGUCAUCACACCCCUGACUGAUCGAUGCUACAGAACUCUCUUUGGUGCAUUGGCUUUAAACCUGGGAGGCGCCCCAGAGGGGCCUGCUGGCACCGGAAAGACGGAGACAACGAAAGACUUGGCAAAAGCCAUUGCAAAGCAAUGCGUCGUUUUCAACUGCUCCGAUGGUCUCGACUAUAUCGCCCUGGGGAAAUUCUUUAAAGGUCUCGCUGCCUCGGGGGCUUGGUCCUGCUUCGACGAAUUCAAUCGUAUCGAUCUGGAAGUUCUCUCGGUGGUUGCACAACAAAUUUUGACCAUUCAACGGGCCAUUCAAGCGAAAAAAACACAACUUAUUUUCGAAGGAACGGAACUGAAUUUGGAUCCCACUUGUGCUGUAUUUAUCACGAUGAAUCCUGGGUACGCUGGACGGUCUGAGUUACCGGAUAAUCUGAAGGCAUUAUUCCGAUCAGUUGCAAUGAUGGUACCAGAUUAUGGAUUGAUAGCAGAAAAUACUCUGUAUUCUUAUGGGUUUUACAAUGCUCGUCCCCUCUCGGUGAAAAUCGUGAUGGCGUACAGAUUGUGUUCAGAGCAACUAUCGAGCCAGAGUCACUAUGACUAUGGAAUGAGAGCCGUCAAGUCGGUCUUGGUAGCAGCAGGAAAUCUCAAAUUGAAAUAUCCGCAGGAGAGCGAGGACAUUCUGAUGCUCCGCAGCAUCAAAGACGUCAAUCUCCCUAAAUUUCUGAGCCACGACUUGCCUUUGUUCCAGGGGAUUACGUCAGAUCUCUUUCCCAACGUCGUCCUCCCGGAGUCCGAUUAUACCGACCUCAAUAGCUGCAUCUUCGAGGCCUGCAAAGCCGCCAACAUCCAGUGUGUUCCGGUAUUUCUGGAGAAGAUCCAGCAGAUCUACGAGAUGAUGAUUGUCCGGCAUGGGUUCAUGAUAGUUGGCCAUCCCUUUGGUGGUAAGACAGAAGCUUACAAGAUGCUUGCAGCCGCUCUAGAACUCUGUGAACAAAGAAAUCUCAUCGACGAGCACAAAGUAGAGAUUACGGUUAUUAAUCCUAAGGCCAUAACAAUGGGCCAACUUUAUGGACAAUUCGAUCCGGCUUCUCAUGAAUGGAGUGAUGGUGUCCUAGCGAUAAGCUACCGAGCAUUUGCUGUGUCGACAAACACCAACAGAAAAUGGCUGAUAUUCGACGGACCGAUCGACGCAGUCUGGAUCGAAAAUAUGAAUACUGUUCUUGAUGAUAACAAGAAACUUUGCUUGAUGAGUGGUGAGAUUAUUCAACUAGCUAAGACUACAAAUUUAAUCUUCGAACCGAUGGAUCUGGAAGCAGCUUCACCCGCUACAGUGUCUCGUUGUGGUAUGAUUUAUAUGGAGCCAAUCGCUCUCGGCUGGGAGCCACUGCUGCAAUCCUGGUUGGAGACUCUUCCGCCUCUUGUCACCGAUUUUUUAAAAACAUUUCUCUACGAGUCCUUAUUUCUCCGGUUCUGCAAACCACUGUUUCAUCUUCUGCGGAGGGGCGGAUUAAAGGAGAUGUGUCCCAUGCCAGACUCGAAUCUUCUGCGAUCAAUAACGUACCUGAUGGAUUGCUUCAUUGAUGACUAUCGAGAAGACGAUCCGGAGAAGGAAACAGCGCUUCCUAACGAGCUUGAUCUGAGAGCCCAGCUAGAGGGAUCAUUCUUUUUCUCUUGUAUAUGGGCAAUGGGCGGAACCCUCGAGGCAAAUCAUCGGGAAAAGUUCAGUAUAUUAUUCAGAGGACUUCUCGAGAAGGAGUUCCCCCCAAGUUUAUCAGAAUUAUUCCAACUUCCAGACACCGUUCAACCCCCAGCAAAGCCUUAUAUAUUCGUAAUGCCGAAAGAUGGGAUGGUGUUUGAUUAUCGAUUUAUUCGAGAAGGAAAAGGCAAAUGGAAGUUGUGGUCCGAUGAAUUAAUGAAUGCACCCCCCAUCCCCCGUGACGUACCCGUGAAUCAGAUUAUUGUGCCGACGGUGGAGACUAUCAGAUAUACCACACUGUUCCAAUUACUCGUACAACAUGGGAAACCUGUGUUGUUUGUCGGUCCAACUGGCACCGGAAAGUCGGUCUACAUUAUUGAUUUCCUGCUCAAGAGAAAUGAUACUGUAAAGUUUAAACCACUAUUCAUUAACUUCUCGGCGCAGACGUCUGCAAAUCAAACGCAGGAUAUCGUUAUGAGUAAAUUGGAUAAAAGGAGGAAGGGGGUUUACGGUCCUCCAAUUGGAAAACGAUGGGUUGUCUUUGUGGAUGACGUAUCUAUGCCGUUGAAGGAGACGUACGGAGCGCAACCGCCGAUCGAACUUCUCCGGCAAUUGCUGGAUCAUGGACAGUGGUACGAUCGGAAGGAGAAAAAUCCUCUGAAACUCAUUGAGGUACAAUUGAUGUGCGCGAUGGGUCCUCCCGUCAGUGGAGGUAAGGACGUCACUCCGCGGUUCAAGAGGCACUUUUUCACACUCGCCAUUUCAGAGUUCGAGGAGCAAGUGAUGAUCACUAUCUUCAGUAAGAUUGUGCUCUGGCAUUUGGAUACGAGAGGCUUCAGCAAGGAGUUUGACCCGUGCAUCGAUCAAGUUGUGAUGGCUACACUGGAUAUUUACAAGGAGAGUCUGAUCAAUCUUCUACCGACACCAUCCAAGUCUCAUUAUCUAUUUAAUAUGAGGGAUUUCUCCAGAGUUGUCCAAGGUGUCCUGCUGUCCGUCCCAGAAUCUAUGCCGACGCUGGCGAACAUGAAGCGAUUAUGGGUUCAUGAGAUUCUGAGGGUAUUUGGAGACAGACUGGUUGACGAAACCGACACUCAAUGGUUAAUCAAACAAUUGAGAACAACCGUGGAGACUCGAAUGGAUGCCAACUUCGACGGCCUCUUCGAAGAUUUGGGUCAAGCACCUGUUGGAGAAGUUGAACUGAGAAAGCUAGUUUUCUGUGACUUUUUGGAUCCUAAGGCGGACACUAGGCUCUACCAAGAGAUCCCCGACCUUGAGCUUCUUCGAUCAAUCGUCGAGGGAUAUCUCAUAGAAUACAACUCGAUGACGAAGAAGCCGAUGAAUCUGGUGCUCUUCAGGUUUGCUAUAGAGCAUUUAUCGAAAAUUGCGAGGAUCAUCAAGCAGCCGAGGAGUCACGCACUUCUGGUCGGCGUUGGUGGCUCUGGGAGACAGUCAUUAUCGAAAUUAGCUUCUCACAUCUGCGAAUACGACCUCUUCCAGGUGGAGAUCAGUAAACAAUAUGGUAUUCAUGAGUGGCACGAGGACCUCAAGAUGAUCCUGAAGAAGACCACAGCAACCGAACUCCACUCGACCUUUCUGUUCACCGACAGUCAGCUGAAGAAGGAAAGCUUUCUCGAAGACAUCAGUAAUAUGUUGAAUUCUGGUGAAGUUCCCAAUCUCUUCAACGCAGACGAAAAAGCCGAGAUUUGUGAAAAGAUGCGACAGAUAGAUCGUCAACGAGAGAGAGCAAACCAAACGGACGGCAGUCUCGUCGCUCUAUUUAAUUUAUUCGUGCAAAUAGCACGUGAUCAAUUGCAUAUAGUUGUCGCCAUGUCACCGAUUGGUGACGGCUUUCGAAAUCGAGUGAGAACGUUCCCCGCUCUUGUCAACUGUUGCACAAUCGAUUGGCUCCAGCCAUGGCCGGAGGAUGCACUGUUGGCAGUUGCGACGAGAUUCCUGGGGGAAAUUAAACUGUCGGAUCAUGAGAGAAAGGCCGGCAUCGAUAUGUGUCAGUUCUUCCAUGUGUCUACACAGACAUUGAGUGAGGAGUUUCGAAUUAGAUUGGGGAGAUUUAAUUAUGUCACUCCCACUUCGUACCUAGAGAUGAUCAAUACUUUUAAGGAUCUUUUGCAUAAUAAAAGGAAAGAAAUCAUGCUGGCCAAAACACGAUAUGAAGGUGGCUUAGAUCGUCUGGGCUCAACUCAACACCAGGUAACCGAGAUGCAAGAGACACUGAAAGGUCUCCAACCGCUCCUGGUUACAGCCGCUCAAGACGUUCAGCGAAGUGUGGCCACCGUCGAGAAAGAAUCAUCCGAGGUGGCAGCAGCGGAGAAAGUCGUCAAGGUAGACGAAGAAGCAGCAACGGAGGUAGCAAAUGCUGCUGAAGAAAUAAAAGCAGAUUGCGAUGCCAAAUUGGCUGAUGCCUUGCCGAUUCUCAAUGCAGCCCAAGCUGCCUUGAAUACCUUGACUCCUGCGGACAUUUCCAUUGUGAAGACGAUGAAAAAUCCACCAGCCAAUGUCAAACUCGUCAUGGAGAGUAUCUGCAUUCUGAAGGAGAUGAAGCCCGAGAAGGUUCAAGGACCCGAUGGCAAGUCAAUCGAUGACUAUUGGAAGGUUUCGAUGAAGAUCUUAAGUGACGCCAAAUUCCUGGACUCCCUCAUCAACUUUGACAAGGACAACAUCCCUGAGAAGGUGAUUGAUAGGAUCAAGAAAGAUUAUCUGACAAAUCCCAACUUUGAUCCAGAAAAAAUUAAAACAUCGUCGACAGCUUGCGAGGGCUUAUGUAAGUGGGUAUACGCCAUUACGGAGUAUGAUAAAGUUGCGAGAGUGGUUGCGCCCAAGAAAAUAGCUCUUGCCGAAGCUCAAGUGGUUCUCAAUGAAGCUACGGAUAAACUGAAUGCCAAACGGGCGCAGUUGGCUGAAGUUCAGGCAAAACUUGCUGUCCUUAAAGAAAAUUUGGCGGUGAAGAAGGCUGAUCAUCAGAAAAUGAUUGAUAAAGCUGCGGAUUGCGAGCAGAAACUUAAACGAGCUGAAGAACUGAUUGGGGGGCUCGGGGGAGAGAGGACGAGGUGGUCAGAGAGUGCUAAAGAGUUAGGAGAAAGAUACGAAAAGUUGACGGGUGACGUUAUAAUAGCUUCAGGCAUUGUAGCUUACCUAGGGGUCUUCACAACUCCGUACCGCAUAAAACAGAUAAAAAUCUGGGUCUCCCGCUGCAAAAACCUAGAUGUCGUAUGCACCGAAGAUUUCUCCCUGAAAGAUGUCUUAGGGGACCAAGUGCUAAUUCGCUCCUGGAUCAUUGCGGGUCUCCCGAGCGACAGCUUCUCCAUAGACAACGGUAUAAUCAUAAAGAAUGCCCGACGAUGGCCCCUGAUGAUAGAUCCCCAGAGUCAAGCCAACAAAUGGGUGAAGAAUAUGGAGAAAACCAACAACAUGAGCAUUAUAAGACUGACCCAACCAGACUACCCUAGAGUCUUGGAGAACGCCAUCCAAUUCGGACAACCGAUUCUCCUGGAAAACAUCCCGGAGGACCUGGAUGCCAUGCUAGAGCCGGUUCUUCUUAAGCAGACGUUCAAACAGGGCGGCGCCCUCUGCAUAAAGCUAGGUGAUUCUGUAGUCGAGUACAGCAUGAAUUUUCGUCUCUACAUAACAACGAAGCUGGGGAAUCCCCAUUAUCUUCCGGAGAUCGCUGUCAAGGUGACGCUCCUUAAUUUUGUUAUAACUCCCAGUGGUCUUGAAGACCAACUUCUGGGAAUUGUUGUGGCAAAGGAGAGACCUGACCUGGAGGCAGAAAAAAAUUCCUUGAUAAUUCAAGGAGCAGCGAACAAGAAACUCCUGAAAGAAACCGAGGACAAGAUUCUCGAGGUCCUCUCGGUCUCCGAGGGCAACAUCCUCGAGGAUGAGGAAGCAAUCGGUGUCCUAACUUCCUCCAAAAUCCUCAGCAAUGAUAUUCAGGCUAAACAAGCAGCUGCUGAAGUCACAGAGAAGUCCAUCGACGCAACGAGGUUGCAGUACACCCCAAUCGCUGAAUACUCGACAAUUCUCUUCUUUGCUAUCGCCGUUCUUUCGAACAUCGAUCCCAUGUAUCAGUACUCGCUGGUCUGGUUUGUCAAUCUCUUUAAAGCCUCCAUUGAUAACACUGGACAAUCGGAGACCGUCGAGUUGAGGCUGGCAGAUCUACGGAAGCACUUCACAUACUCGCUGUAUGUUAAUGUAUGUCGAUCCCUCUUUGAGAAGGAUAAGCUACUGUUCUCCAUGCUCUUGGCGAUUAAUCUUCUGGAUAAAUUGGGAUCUGGGAUUCCCCCCGUUCAGUGGAUGUUUCUACUGACUGGUGGCGUCGGGCUGGAUAAUCCACAUGCUAAUCCCAGUAGUUGGUUGCCGGUUAAACUGUGGGAUGAGCUGUGUCGCCUGGAUGACGUUCAAGGGUUCAAGGGAAUCCGAGAGUCAUUUAUCAAGAAUAAUAACGCUUGGAAAGUUUUCUUCGACGCUAAAGAGCCACAAACGGCCCCAAUUCCUCCCCCUUUCGAUGAGUUAACGGGGUUGGAAAAGCUUCUGGUGCUGCGCUGUGUGCGACCCGAUAAAGUUGUGCCCGCAGUGCAGACAUUUGUGGAGACGGAGCUCGGCCCUCGAUUCAUCGACCCACCACCGUUCGAUUUGGUGUCAUCCUACGCAGAUUCAAACUGCGCUGUCCCUUUGAUAUUUAUAUUAACCCCGGGGGCUGAUCCCGCCCAAGUGUUAUUGAAAUUUGCUGAUGACCAGGGAUUUGGGUCAAGUCGAUUGUUUUCGUUGUCGCUGGGUCAAGGUCAAGGCCCAAUCGCAGAAGAACUAAUAAACAAUGGAGUCCGUUACGGUCACUGGAUAGUCCUCCAGAACUGUCACUUAGCGAAAAGUUGGAUGGGAACGCUGGAGAAAAUAUGUGAGGGUCUUGUACCCGACACAAUUCAUCCAGACUUUCGAUUAUGGCUGACGAGUUACCCAGCCGAUCACUUCCCAGUAACCGUCCUCCAGAACAGCAUAAAAAUGACCAACGAACCCCCAAAGGGAUUACGAGCCAACAUCAUUAGGUCAUACCUCAGUGACCCAAUAUGUGAACCUGAUUUCUUCGAGUCCUGCAAGCAAUCGAUGGAGUUCAAGAAACUGCUGUACAGUUUGUGCUUUUUCCAUGGUAUUGUGCAGGAGCGACGAAAGUUUGGGCCCAUUGGGUGGAACACACCCUAUGAAUUCAAUGAGACCGACCUCAGGAUCAGCGUAUUGCAGUUGAAUAUCUUUCUGAAUCAGUACGAUGAUGUGCAGUUUGAGGCACUCAGGUACUUGACGGGAGAGUGCAACUAUGGGGGAAGGGUCACUGAUGCCUGGGACAGAAGGACUUUGAAUACGAUCCUAGGGAGAUAUUACUGCGAUGAAGUUGUUGGUGAAGAUAAAUAUUAUUUCGACGAAACAACAGACGUCUACUACUGCCCGACAAGUAAAGAAUACGACGCGUACAUCGAUUACACGAAGAAAUUGCCUCUAAUCACGGCACCAAGUGUUUUCGGGAUGAACGAGAAUGCGGAUAUUGUCAAGGAUCAACAGGAGACUGAUUUGUUGUUCUCGUCGCUCCUUCUCACUCAGGAAACAUCGAAAGCCACUGGAAGUGGUGAGAUGUCUCCCGACGAGGUGAUAUUUGCUGUAGCUGGUGAUGUACUCGGUAAACUCCCUGAGAACUUCGAUUUAGUCGAGGCACUCGAGAAAUAUCCGACUUCGUACAAUCAAAGCAUGAAUACAGUAUUAGUUCAGGAGAUGGGGCGGUUCAAUAAGUUGCUGAGUUGCAUCAGAACCAGUCUUGCGAACGUGCAAAAGGCCAUCAAAGGGUUGAUUGUCAUGUCGUUGGAGUUGGAGGAAGUGGCGGAUGCUAUUUUAAAGGGAAAAAUCUCAACUCUGUGGAUGAAAAAUUCUUACCCGUCUCUGAAACCCCUAGGAAGUUACGUCAAUGAUUUUCUGCAGAGAUUGUAUUUUUUGCAGAAAUGGUUUGAAGAAGGACCUCCAGCCUCCUAUUGGGUCUCAGGAUUUUACUUCACCCAAGCGUUUCUCACAGGAGCCAUACAAAACUUCGCGAGGAAAUAUCACAUACCAAUUGAUCUACUGGUUUACGAUUUUGUGUUCCUCAAGGAAACUUCCUUCGAUAAGCCACCAGAAGACGGUGUGUACGUUUAUGGUCUAUUUCUGGAUGGUGCCAGGUUCGAUAGAGAGAAAAUGGUAAUCGAGGAAAGUUUCCCGAAGAUACUCUACGAUGAUGUUCCUUUUAUUUGGCUGGUGCCUAUGAAACGCGGAGACCUUCCACCUAAUCAGACCUACACAAGUCCAGUAUACAAAACCAGUGAGAGGAGAGGUGUUCUAUCGACCACCGGACACUCGACGAAUUUUGUUAUUGCAGUGCGAGUGCCUACCGUGAAGUCAGAGGAGCAUUGGAUUAUUCGGGGGGUAGCGAUGCUUUGUCAACUGUCUCAAUAAAUUUUUCCAUCUC